CGUUGACGACGCUCCUCCCUAGGUUGUGUGCCCGUCGGCCGCAGCCACGCCUCUGUUCGACAUGAGCCUCGUGGGGAGAGUGCCCUGCUCCAUGCUGAACUGCUUCGGUGAAGACGGGCCUCCCAGUCUGGAGUACAUCAAGGCCAAGGACCUGUUUCCCCAGAAGGAGCUGGUGAAGGAAGACGACAGCCUUCAGGUACCGUUCCCGGCGCUGCAGGGGGAAGGGGUGGAGUACCUGGGCCGUGCCGACGAGGCCGUCAUCGCCAUCUCCAACUACAGGCUCCACAUCAAGUUCAAGGAUUCGGUCAUCAAUAAGUACCCAGGUGUGGACAAUGCCAUAACUGUGCCUCUUGGGCUGAUAGAGAGCGUUGAAUGCAGAGAUAUGUUCCAGCUGCACAUCAUCUGCAAGGACUCCAAAGUAGUGAGAUGUCACUUCUCCACCUUCAAGCAGUGCCAGGAGUGGGUGAAGCGUCUGAACCGCUCCGUGGUGCACCCGUCGCGGCUGGAGGACCUGUUCGCCCUGGCCUACCACGCCUGGUGCCUGGGAGGCAGUGCCGACGACGAGGACCAGCACCUGCACCUCUGUCGCCCAGGCGAUCACGUGCGACACAGAAUGGAGAUGGAGGUGAGGAGGAUGGGCUUCGACACCCAGAACGCCUGGAGAGUGUCUGACAUCAACUCCAACUACAAGCUGUGCUCCAGCUACCCCCAGAAGCUGCUGGUUCCAGUGUGGAUCACCGACAAGGAGCUGGAGAGCGUUGCCUCCUUCAGGUCCUGGAAGAGGAUCCCUGUGGUGGUCUACAGGCACCAGAAGAACGGGGCGGUCAUCGCCCGCUGCAGCCAGCCAGAGAUCAGCUGGUGGGGCUGGAGGAACACGGAGGACGAGUACCUGGUGACCUCCAUCGCCAAGGCCUGCCAGAUGGACCCGGGGCAGAGGCCCCUGCCCGGGGCCCCGGGGGGCCGGCCCCGCGGGGAGGGCCCCGACUCCACCGACGGAGACUUCGACUCCUCUCUGACGGGGGGCCCUGGCGUGGAGGACAGCCCCGCUCGCCAGAAGCUGCUGAUCCUGGACGCCCGGUCCUACACGGCGGCCGUGGCCAACCGGGCCAAGGGCGGGGGCUGCGAGUGCGAGGAGUACUAUCCCAACUGUGAGGUGAUGUUCAUGGGCAUGGCCAACAUCCACGCCAUCAGGAACAGCUUCCAGGCCCUCCGAGCAGUCUGCAGCCAGAUCCCCGAUCCGGGAAACUGGCUCUCGGCGCUGGAGAGCACCCGUUGGCUGCAGCACCUGUCCGUCAUGCUGAAGGCGGCCACUCUGGUGUGUUCGGGGCUGGAGAGGGAGGGUCGGCCGGUCCUGGUGCACUGUUCCGACGGCUGGGACCGCACGCCCCAGAUCGUGGCGCUGGCCAAGGUCCUGUUGGACCCCUUCUACAGAACGAUAGAAGGGUUCCAGGUGCUGGUGGAGACGGAGUGGCUGGACUACGGCCAUAAAUUCGGGGACCGCUGCGGCCACCAGGAGAACGCGGACGACGUCAGCGAGCAGUGCCCUGUGUUCCUGCAGUGGCUGGACUGUGUGCACCAGCUCAUCAAGCAGUUCCCCUGCCUGUUUGAGUUCAACGAGGCCUUUCUGGUCAAGCUGGUGCAGCACACGUACUCGUGUCUGUACGGAACCUUCCUCUGCAACAACGCCCGCGAGAGGGAGGCUCGCAACAUCUUCAAACGCACCUGCUCCGUCUGGUCCCUGCUGCGCACCGGCAACAAGAACUUCCAGAACUUCCUCUACAUCCCCAGCCACGAAAUGGUGCUGCAGCCGGUGUGCCACACGCGGGCGCUCCAGCUGUGGACGGCGGUGUACCUGCCCACCACCUCGCCCUGCACCGCCGUAGACGACGCCAUGGGCCUGUUCCUGUCGCCGGGCGCCGCGGGCGACGAGCUCACACCCCGCCCCCUCGACAGGCUUCCCAAGACCCGCUCCAUGGACAACCUGGUGUCGGCGUUCGAGAACGGGGUGCCCCUGACGCGCACCUCCAGCGACCCCAACCUCAACAAGCACUGCCUGGAGGGCCGCGCCGCGCCCCCGCUGGGCUCCGGCCCCCCGGAGAGCCCCGGGGACGGGGGCUCGGACAGCGAGGACUCGGAGGUGGAGGCCGUCGUCAGGACCCCCCCGCGCUCCCCCAUGGAGUGUCCCACGGGCGGCGAGACGAGGCCCGCCCCCUGCCUCACCACCCAGCCUCUGCCCUCCCUCGCCCUCCCCUCCUUCCUCCCCCACGGCGAGCCGCUCCCGGCCCCCGUCCUGCAGCAGGCCCUGCCUCAGAGCAACGGCCUCCCCCUCCCGCCGCAGUCCCCCCCGCCCCGGCCUCCACCCCCGCCGCCACCGCCACCGCCCCUUCCUCAGGAGCCCCUCGUCGUCCCCUCCCGGGCGCUCGCCUCCCCCACGCACGGACCGGAGGCGGGCUCACCCCCGCCCCGUCGCACCACGGCCCCCUACACCUCCGCCCGCACCCCCGCUGCGAGUCUCCUCAACGGCCACUAUGAUGGCCACGCUGAGGACCUCUCCAACGGCGGCCAUGAUGGCCUCUAUUACGGCGGCCAUGAUGGCCUCUCUAACGGCCGCUCUAAAGCCCACGCUGAGGGCCUUUCUGGAGGCCUCUCUAAUGGCCACCGUGAAGGUCACCUUGAAGGUCAUCCUGAAGGUCACCCUAGAGGUCAUCCUGAAGGUCCCCCUGAAGGUCAUCCUGAAGGUCACCCUAGAAGUCACCCUGGAGGUCACCCUGAAGAUCAUCCUAGAGGUCACCCUAGAGGUCACCCUAGAGGUCACCCUGAAGGUCAUCCUGAAGGUCACCCUGAAGGUCACUCUGAAGGUCACUCUGAAGGUCACCCCGAAGGUCACUCUGAAGUCCUCUCCCCGGCCGCGCAGGAGUUGCUGGCCCUCAAGCGGCUGGCGCCCAUGGAGGACUCCACCGAGACGCUCACCGACGACGUGGAGGUGGUGCCGUACGAGGUGGAGGCGCCGGAAACGAACCGCGAGGACGGCCAGGGCCCGGGACCUGGGCCGCAUGCCCGCACCUCCCCACCCCCCAGGGAGAAGCCCUAUGACGAUGAAGUGGAGGAGGAGGAGGAGGUGGUGGUGGAGGUCGAGGGGAGGACGGAACCGAGCGUCGCCAAGGCGUCGGCGGCGUCGGCGGGCGCGGUGGUCGUGGCGACGCCCACGCCGGUGGACUCCGCCCACAUGGCGGCCCAGCGCCUGAUGUCCCGCAGCCCGUUGAGCGACCUGGCCCUGCUGGGCCCGCGCUGGGAGAGCGUCCAGGGCAUGAUGCAGUCCGCUCGCCGCAGCGCCAGCCACUCCGGCUUCUGCCGCGCCUACCAGCACCGCCGGCCCUCCGGCGCCGGCGCCGCCAAGACCCCCCGCUCCCAGGCGCUGGCCGUGUCCGUGGCCGGGCCCCAGUGCUGCUGCCGUGAGGGGGGACGCGCGGGGGCCCCCCCGCCGCCACAGGCCGGCUGGCUGUCGGCCCUCAGCCACGCCGUGCCCGGCGGCCACGCCCUGGCCGCCGCCGCCGCCGGCGUCUCGUCCUCCCUGGCGGCCCACCAUCCACUCCUGCCGGCCGCCCACCCCUCUCUCCCCGUGGGGCCCCCCCCCGCCGCGUCGCCGCCGCCGCCCCAGGCCUACCUGGACGACGACGGGCUGCCGGUCGCCAUGGACGCGGUGCAGCAGCGGCUGCGGCAGAUGGAGGCGUGCUACAAGCAGGAGGUGGAGCUGCUGCGGCAGCAGGUGCGCCGGCUGCAGAUGAAGCUGGAGAGCAAGCAGUACGGCAGCCCCCCCUCGGAGCCCGACCUGGACUACGAGGACGACAUCACCUGUCUGCGGGAGUCUGACAACAGUAACGAGGAGGACUCUCUGUCGUCCCAGAGCGAGGACCGUCUGUCUGAGGGCAGCUGGGACCGGGUGGACCAGAGGGACAUGGAGGUAACUCGGUGGGUGCCGGAUCACAUGGCCUCUCACUGUUUCAACUGUGACUCUGAGUUCUGGAUGGCCAAGAGACGACACCACUGCAGGAACUGCGGCAACGUGUUCUGUAAGGACUGCUGCCACCUGAAGCUGCCCAUCCCGGACCAGCAGCUGUACGACCCCGUGCUGGUGUGCUCCACCUGCCACGACCAGCUGCUGGAGUGCCGCCACCGCGACCUGCGCAGCCAGCAGCUCAAGAAGCCCAUCGCCACCGCCUCCAGCUGAGCACCGGGACCCCGCCCCCAAACCACACACGUCGUACACACCCACCACACACACCCGACCACGCCCCCGCCCGCCCGCGCAGAAGGGCGUGGCCUCGGGA